ACCAAUUUUUCUUUUGUGUGCGCGCGCGUGUGUGUGUGUGUGUCAGUGUGAGUGUGUGUGUGGAAACUGAAUAAAUUGCACACACAGCAGUACUAACACACAGGAAUACACCAGUUUUAUUUAAUUACAAGCCAAAAAGUAAAGGCAGGUGUGUGUGUGUGAGUGAGUGCGCUCGAUAAUUGUUUAUGGCAAGUGCAAGUUAAAAAAACAGCUGGCAAUAAACUCGCCCCAGUUCGCAAAGGUUCACGAAAUCGCUAUCUGUGGCUGUAAGUUAUGCGAAAAAAUUGAUUUUCCACAACGAUUGCAGUUGCAGAAGGCAACACAAAACCAGCUAAAGUAACCCCUCGCCAACACCCCCAAUCUUUUAGUGUGUGUGUGCUUGUGCGAGUGUGUGUAAGUGGCGUGAGUAAGGGCUGCAAGUAAUAAUAGGCAGAAAUAAAUAAAAGGAAAAUCAAAGCGCGUCUUUGCCGGCGCAUGCAAUGAAUAUUGUCGGGGAAUAUGAAUACAGCUCCAAGGAUAUGCUUGGCCAUGGCGCCUUCGCAGUGGUCUACAAAGGACGUCAUCGGAAGAAACACAUGCCCGUUGCUAUCAAAUGUAUUACCAAGAAGGGGCUCAUCAAGACGCAGAAUUUACUCGGCAAGGAGAUUAAAAUUCUUAAGGAACUAACUGAGCUGCAUCAUGAGAACGUCGUGGCCCUGUUGGACUGCAAGGAGUCGCAGGACUGUGUCAACCUGGUCAUGGAGUAUUGCAAUGGCGGCGAUUUGGCGGAUUAUCUGAGUGUCAAGGGCACUCUAAGCGAGGAUACUGUCAGGCUGUUUCUCAUACAACUAGCUGGUGCCAUGAAAGCACUUUAUACCAAAGGAAUUGUGCAUCGUGAUCUCAAACCACAAAACAUUCUGCUGUCGCACAACUAUGGCAAGACGCUGCCAGCACCAUCCAAAAUUACACUGAAAAUUGCUGAUUUUGGCUUUGCGCGCUUCUUAAACGAGGGCGUCAUGGCAGCCACACUGUGCGGUUCACCCAUGUACAUGGCCCCGGAAGUGAUUAUGUCAUUGCAAUAUGAUGCAAAGGCCGACCUCUGGUCGCUGGGCACCAUUGUCUAUCAGUGUCUGACAGGCAAGGCUCCAUUCUAUGCUCAAACGCCCAACGAGCUGAAGUUCUACUACGAGCAGAACGCGAAUCUGGCGCCCAAAAUACCGCAUGGUGUGUCUCCGGAUCUGCGUGAUUUAUUGCUCUGUCUGCUGCGACGCAAUUCCAAGGAUCGUAUAUCCUAUGAGAGCUUCUUUGUGCAUCCUUUUCUGCAGGGCAAGAGGGCACCCGUGUCGCCAGACAUGCCACCGCUGUCCAGUGGCACUCCGCCCGUGAAGGCCAAGAGUCCGUUGCAGCAGCAGAUGGAACAGGAGUUACAGCUGGUCAAACUGGCCGAGCAGCAGCAGAAGGAGCGCGAGGAACAGGAGGCAGCACUGGAAGAGGAGAACACCGUCUCUGUGGUAGCCAAUCCUGCUAUUUACGCCACGAUUACCAAUAUGGGUGUGCUGUGCGACAGCGAGAACAACAGUGCUUCCAGUAGCUCGCACGAGGACUCGGAUGACUUUGUAUUGGUGUCCAAGAAUCUGCCCGAGGAUCAGCGUCAGAGCCAGGGACAUGCAGCGGCUACGCAGCCUCGGCAGCAGCAACAGCCUACACAGAAUCAGUCCAGUCCACCGCGUCCCAGCAGCUUGCCCAUUUCGGAGCCCAAGCCUGUGCCGGCACCGGCGCGACGUCAGCUGCCUAAUGCUGGCGGGGCCGCUGGCUCUCCGGGCAGGCAGGGCGGAAUUCCGCUGACUGUAGCCACUUUAGCGGCUGGCGGCCAUCAAAUUCCUCGCUCUCAGCCAAUUAGUGUCAAGCAGCCGCGUGCGGAUCAGCGGAAGAGCAGCGUGAGCAGCGACAUCAAUUCGAUUUCGCCGCCGGCGGUGCAAUUUGCAAUUGGCACACCGCCAACACGGGUGCGCUCAGCGUCUGGUGGCUCACUGUCUGAGACACCGCCAGCGCAUGCACCUAGCACUUGGCAGGUGUCGCCCGGGCACUCUCAGUCGCCAUUGCGUCGUAGCGGCAACAGUUCGCCGGUGCUUCCGUCCGCAGCUCUGACCAAGUUGCCAACGCUGUCCAGUCCCACAUUGCUAGUGGCUCCGGGAUCGCUGGGCUCGAUUGGUUCUGCGGGCAGUGGCUCCGAGAACAAUAAUCAACAUCAUAUGUUGGGACCGCGUGCCUUUACGCUGCCAGAAUUGGGUGCCACCGGCGGGCUACAGAGCCUAUUGGAUACUGCCGUCGGUGUCGGCGGGCCGGGCGCUGAACCGCAUGCAUUCCAGGCACCAGAGCUCUCGGAAGAGACACUGAUGGAUCGCGAGCACAACGAAACACUCUCCAAGCUAAAUUUUGUGGUGGCGCUCACCGACUGCAUCCAGGAGGUAGCCGAUUCACGCUGUGCACCGCUCUCCACGCUAAUGGUUGGCGGCAGUCAGACAGCCAACGAUCAGCACCAGAUACCACCCCAUGCCCCGGAGCACUGCAAGCGAGCAGAGCGCUUGGUGUUACUUGUGCGCGCCCUGCAGCUGCUAUCGUCCGGCCUAAAUUUGGCCUCGCAGCAGCUGCGCAAUGGACAGUUGAAGCCGUCAUCGAACGUUAAGAAUGCGCUGCUCACUAUGAACGCUAAAUAUCGCAGCAUUUUGUUUGAGUCGAAGCGUCUCAAUGGCAGCGGUCUCCUCCAAAAAGCAAAUGCAUUUAAUAUAACAGCGGAUAAAAUACUCUACGAUUAUGCGCUGGAUAUGUGCCAGGCGGCGGCCUUGGAUGAGCUGUUGAAGAACACCAAGAACUGUUUUGAGCGCUAUAACACGGCUCACAUAUUGUUACACUCCUUGGUGCAAAAGUGCAAUCAUCCCCAGGAUAAAAUGCAAUUGAAUAAAUAUCGUGAUGCCGUCGAGAAGCGUUUGAGUAUAUUGCAACAGCAUGGCUAUAUCUAUGUGACCGAUGAGAAUGCUUAGAGAGCAAAGAGCGAAGGGCAUCCAUUCGUCGAUAAUUCCUUAAAUUAUUUAACCCAUUUUCGUUGAGCGUACAACAUGUGAUUAAAGCAGAACUACGAGUACUCUAUAUAUCCAUAAAUGCAUACAUAAAUAGAGACAUACAUAGCUAAAAGUAAUUUAAAACUUAAAACAUCAUUUCAAGUGCAACAAGAUAUUAGGUAAAGACUUGAAAACAUUUUUAAACAGACAGGCUAACUGACAAUUGUCCAAUGUAAAUAGUUUAAAAUAUG